AUGGCACACUCUAGCACCGUCACCGAACUGGCCCCACCCACCGCCCUGGAUUGCCUCAAGAACGAUGUGGAUGUGCAGCUGGCACGUGCUCGUGCUUACUACGACCGCCUAUGCUACGGCAAAUGCUACAGUAUCACCUCCAACAUCCUGCAGGAUAACCCCCACCAUUCGGACUGUCUGUCGCUACACGUCGAUGUGCUCGUAUCGCUAUCGAAGAAGAACGAUCUCUUCCUGUUGGCACACAAACUAGUCAGCAACGCCCCCAAGGCGGCGUUCUCGUGGUAUGCAGUGGGGUGCUACUACUACCUGAUCGAGAAACAGGAUCAGGCGCGGCACUACUUUACUAAGGCGACCAACAUCGACAAAUUGUACGGGAUGGCUUACCUUGCCUUUGGCCAUUCCUUUGCGGUGGAAGGUGAGCACGAUCAAGCCAUGGCCGCAUACUGCACCGCAGCUAGACUACUUAAAGGAUCGCACCUGCCAUACUUAUACCGUGGGAUGGAGUAUCUCUACACCAAUCACAUCAACGUAUCGCUCGCCCGUGACAAUCUCAUGAAAGCCCAAGAGCUCCGCCCAGACGAUCCACAGACACUGCACGAACUCGGCGUGUGUUACUUCCGAGAAAUGAUAUUUAACGAAGCCGUCCAAUGCUUCAAGAAAGCGCUGACUGCGUACGCCCACCAAAUAGGUCCAGUGAAAGAUCCCGAGGGCAGGGCAGCUGUGGAGGCCACGCUUGUGUGUCUGGGUCAAACAUAUAGGAAACAGGGCCUAUACGACCAAGCAUGUGACUCCUUUGACCAGGCCAUAGAACUCAACGCUGACCAGCACACAACGUAUGCCGCUAAGGCAUUCACGAGGCAUCUGCAGGGGAAUGUCAGUGAGGCCAUAGACCUGUACCACGUGGCACUUAGUCUGAAGGCAGAGGACGCAUUCUGUGAGCAGAUGCUCACCAUAGCGGUCAAGGAGUCGGUGCGGGGUACCGAACCGGACCAUCGCGCGGAGAAUGAGGAUAGCUUGCUUGUGCUCGACGAUAGUAUACAGGAGAAAAACCAGUCUUCGUUUAUAAGCGACCUCGAUAAUGGGGACGACUUAAGGGUGGAUGAUAAUUCUGGUUUUGGGUUCAAUAAUUUCCGAAAUCUGAGCGAAAGCCGCGACAAUGGCUUCGGCGAUGGUUUUGGCAGUGGCUACGAGGAGGGUGGUGUCAAUGAGAUGUCAAUGUCUAUGGAUGACUCGGAAUGACACUGUGGGUAGGUAUAAACUUACGCUAUUACCAAAUUAAAACCAAUACGUAGGUUACACACUAACGUAGGUAUAAAUAGUAGACGGAUGCAAUAACCAUAAUAAUAUUAAUACAGAAUUAAUCCCAACCGUAAUUAGUACAAAGUUCCUAAACAGGUAUCAGUCUUACGCUGUUGUCAAAUCAAAACCCAAUACACAGACAAUCCAAAAGGUAGGUACAUAGACUCACAAUUCUCAAUCUAAUGUAUUGCGCCGACGCUUGUAGUAAAAGGAAGUGCGCAAUCAGAUUCAAUUAUAAUUCCCUGAGCAAUACAAGACACGGUACCCUAUCAAAGACCAACAGAAAUAAACAAUACAAAG